UGUGGUAAAUAUUGAUACGCGUGGUCAGUGAGGUGCGCAAUGUUCAUUCCUUUUUCCACCCUAUAUAAGGACUAUGCUAAGCAUCAGGUGCAGUACAGAGUUAUAGUUGAGCUCAGAGGAAUAACACAGACAGUGGACGAGGUUGAGAAAAUUUAUUUUGUGAAACUUUUUACCACAAUCCCCUUCGAACGUUCCUGUUUUUUGCAGUCAUGGUGUCACAGAAGAGCUCACUUUUGCCGCCAAAUCUCAGCCUUAUGCUGGCUAUGUUGGUUGUCUUGGGGUGUGUGUCUUCAGUUUUUGCUCAAGUAACUUUCAGCCGAGAUUGGAAUGCCGGAAAGCGUGGCUUCGAAUCUGUUCCCAGUGACUGUGGUGCUACAGUGCGAACCAUCGUCACACUCUGUGGUGCCAUUGCGAAAAACGCCCAUCAAUUGUCUAUGUGUGAGAUGAAAUCCAUCCUCCAUGGUCUGCACGAUGAUGAUGCAUCAGGAAGUUUUCUCCUGCAUAAAUAAAUUUUCUCAAGAAUUUUUACGGAGCAGCAAUAAGGCUCAAACACACACACGCUUUCCUACACACAAAAAAGUAAAAUAAAAUGCAGGAAAUGGCUUUGAUAAGGGAUAAAAAAAAUAUGACGAAAAUCUUUGGCAAAUGAUCAAUGGACUAUGAGAAUGAAAAUCCCUCUAUAUGUGUUGUCCACAGUCUGUAAUUUAAUAAAAUAACUUGAGAAUAGAUUUGAAGAAAAAAAAG